AUGAUAAACUCAUCCAAAAUCAAUCUCUAUUCUUAUGUUUGCUCAAUUUUCAUUAUGUCCAUAGUUGUGAUAUCUUUGAUAUGUUCAGAAGCUCUUCAAAUUCAACAAGCUAAAGAACCAUUUCGAGGUCAUCUUACGAGAGUCACGAUUCAAAAUUAUAAUGACUAUCUUCUUGCAAUUCAUUGUAAAUCAAGAGAUGAUGAUUUAGGCUUUCACAUACUUGCUAAAGGUGAACUUUUUGGUUGGAAGUUUCAUGUUAAUUUUCGUUAUUCGACGCUCUGUUUUUGUGGUUUUAGCCAAAGACAAAUAAAUAAAGGUGUGUUUAUAAUUUAUGUAGCAUCUAGAGAUUUUUAUAGAUGUGCAAACUGUACAUGGAAAGCUGAGAAAGAUGGUUUUCAUGGAUAUGGUGAUAUUCCUACUAGAGGUUAUUUAUUUUAUAAUUGGUUAAACUAA